AUGCUAACUAAAUCCAGAUUUCACUGCGACGUGUGUUCGUGUGAUUGCACCAACCUGGUAAGAAUCCGAUGUGCGGAGUGCCAGGACUACGAUCUGUGUGUACAAUGCUUCUCUCAGGGUGCCUCAUCAGGUGUCCACAAGCCCUACCACAACUACAUGAUUAUUGAGCAGCAUGCUUAUCCUAUUUUCACUGAGGACUGGGGUGCUGAUGAGGAGUUGCUAUUAAUCGAGGGUGCCGAGAUGCAGGGUCUUGGAAACUGGCAGGACAUCGCUGACCAUAUCGGUGGUAGAUCAAAGGAAGAGGUUGGGGAGCAUUACAAGGAAGUCUAUCUGGACUCGCCAGACUACCCGUUGCCCCCCAUGAAGCGGAAAUUCGAGAUCACUGCAGCUGAGUUCGCAGCAAACAAAAAGGAGCGUCUGGAUAAGCGACGAAAUAUGCCCACCGCUCUCCCUGUGCCCAAGCAAAAGCCCACGGCUUCUGUUCCUGCAUGCCAUGAGGUGCAAGGGUUUAUGCCGGGACGUCUGGAGUUCGAGACCGAGCAUGAAAACGAGGCCGAGAUGACGGUCAAGGACAUGGUUUUUGAUCAGGACGACACCGAGGCUGAUGUGGAGCUCAAGAUCACUGUUCUUGAUAUCUACAACUCUCGUCUCACAUCACGAACCGAGCGAAAGCGAGCCAUCAUCAACCAUGGGCUGCUUCAGUACAGGAAGAACGCCUCUGUCGAUAAGAAACGGACCAAGGAGGAGCGCGAGCUUGUAAACAAGUUAAAGCCGUUUGCAAGAAUCAUGACACUACAGGAUUUCACCGAUUUUGUUGAUGGAAUGAUUAUUGAGCUCCAGUGUCGACGACGACUGGCUGAACUUCAGGAGUAUCGACGUAACGGUAUCACCACCUUCGAAGCUGCGUCCAAAUACGAACGAGAUAAAACUGUACGUGCAAACGCAUUGGCCAGGCUGCAGGCUCCCAUUAACUCCAUCAACUCGACUGGAUCCAGAUACACUGCAAACUCGAUGAAUGCUGCAAACAAUGCUCUUGUUCAAAAAACCAACAAACAGGCCGCUGCCGCAAACCAGGCUGCCGCCGAAGCUGUGAAGAUGGACCCUGACUCGGGAGCAGACACCUUACGGCUUUUCAGAAAACCUGUGGCCAAUCCCCUCGACAUCUCGCAUGCCCCAGACGUGGAGCUGCUUUCUCCAGAAGAGCAGGUUCUUUGUUCCCAGCUGCGUAUCUUGCCCAAGCCGUAUCUGGCCAUCAAGGAAACGCUGUUCCGAGAGCUGCUGCGAACCGGAGGUGUGCUCAAGAAGCGUACAGCCCGUGAACUGGUCAAGAUUGAUGUCAACAAAACCGCUCGAAUCUAUGAGUUUUUCCAGUCUCAGCGCUGGCUCUCUUAG